ACCAUGUCAUCUCCAGAAACGAGGCCUGGCUGUCCAAGAAACAUGGCAGCAAGUCAGGACUGUGGGUGGUUGCCAACAUCCGACAAGAGAAUUAUGGGAUUGUUGAUGAUGGCACGGCUGGUCUUAGAAUCUCGUUUUUACCACACCCCUACAAGUCUUUCGGAUCGGAGUAUUGCACCGAUGCUGAUCCCGACAGCCCCAGGCUGCUUCCCAAAAUGGUGAAUUCAACGUUCUACAGUUUUGAAAAAUGCCAGAGUCAGUGUGUGGUGUACAGGGCAAGCGUGGAGUGUGGCUGCUUCAUCCCAGAGUUAGGUAAUAUGGAAGUGUCCAGCCUGUGUGACUGUCCGAGACCGUGCAGGUUCGUCCAUUAUGAUACGACCCUGUCCUCAUCACAGUUUCCAUCCCGCGUUACCCGAGACGCCAUCAUGAAACUCUUCAACAUCACCGACCCGAAUGACAUGACGGAGAAUUUGGUGGAGGUACAAGUGUAUUUUGAUUCACCGUUAGUGUGGACGGAACGACAUGAACCUGAGUUCACAAUUCAUAGUUUCAUGGGUAAGUUGAUUGUUCAUAAAUAUCGUCUGGGUAAACAAAAGGCUCUUUUUACGCUCAUUAGGAGGUCAAAUGGGCAUAUGCCUGGGAGCAAGCCUGGUCACUUUGCUGGAGUUCUGGGAGCUCAUCGUGAGAACCGUUGUCAUUUCUGUGAGACGACUAAGGAGGUCUUGCCUGAACCGUGCUCUAGAAACCAAAGACAGUUUCUGAGACCUCUACUGUGUUGUUCUGCGAGGAAUUACUACAUUAGUUUAGUUUAG